UCCCAUCUGCCUUACAUCCAUCAAUCCACACGCCAACAACUCCGUUUUUUACCCAGCCAGACCAUAUUCAUAUAACUCGAGAUGAAGGUUCUCACCAAGGAAGAGGAGCAGGCACACUACAAUGCUACAGUUAAGGGUGGCUCAAUCGGUGGUCUCAUUGGCACAGCGGUAGGUGCUGCGGCUGUUGUGGGCGCAAGCAGACGCUACCACUCCUUCCGAGCCCUCACUGUGCCAUUCCGCGCUUUCCUUAUCGCUUCAACUGGAACCUUUGUCGCCGUCAUCGCCGCCGACCGGGCUUCCGCACGAUACGACAUUGAACACACCCCCGAAAAGAAGCGUCAAAUCGAGCGUGACCAGCAACGAGAAAGCCUUCUCGAAGCUAACAAAACUCCUUUCCAACGUGCGAAAGACUGGGCGACGGAGAACCGUUACCCGCUCCUGUUCGGCUUCUGGGUUGCUUCCAUGGCCGGCUCAUGGCACAUGGUCAACCGCAAUCCUUACCUGAGUGGGUCACAGAAGCUUGUGCAGGCGCGUAUGUACGCCCAGGGUGGUACACUGGCUGCGCUACUAGGCAGCUUUGCCAUCGAGGGUGCAGAUGCGGCCAAGGGCAAGGGAAGGUGGGAGACCAUCAAGAUCAUCGACCCCAACGACCCCGAGCACAAGCACAUCAUUGAGAAGAAGAUCCACCACGAGAGAUAUGCUGGUGAGGACCAGUGGAGAGAAAUGGUCGAAGCUGAAGAACAGCGCCAAAAGGAGCGCGAGGCCGCCAAGGCAAAUGGACAACGAGCCAAGCAGCAAUAAGAUGCUGCGAAUAAGAAAUACAAAAACCUCGAAGAUGAAGAGCAACAACGGGCCUAAAGUCUUUUCGCCCCGGAGUCUAUUCCUACCUGAUCAUCUCGGAUACCUUCACCGGCCUGUUUAACGUGUAAAUUUGUAGGGUUUCAUUUUUCAUGUUGGGGGGUUUGCAAGUUUGCAGGCGUUACAAGAAGCAUUGAUGCUAUUUUCCUUUUCCUAUAUCUCAUUAUGGCUCAUGUAUGACUAGGUGGUAUGCUCGUAAUUGGCUAGGAAUGCAGCGACGCAUACCUUUAGAGCACACUGUACUUCAAAAGGAAGAUUUCCUUGCGUUAAUCUACUACUACAUCAACCAUGACAGUAGCCAAUCAAAUGAUGGAAUGCCCAAGAAGCAAAUACUUCGAACACGGUUUUUUAG